CUGUCGGACCCAGAGCCCCCGUCGGAGCCGGAGCCGGAGCCGGAGCCGGAGCCGGACCCAGCCUCUCGCGACGCCGCCGCCAGCCCUGGACCCGACGCGUCUCCUGUGCCAGGACUCCCGCUGGGACGGGGCGCUGAGCCCACGGCGCGCGGGGAGGUGGAGGACAGGCUCCCCUCGAGGCUUCGCGCGGACCUGGAGCCCCAGCCUGCAGUCCGGCGCCGUCGCAAGGGGCCUGGCAGACACUGGGCCCCCGAGCCGCGGGCCAGCGUCCUGAGGGGCAUUCAGGACACUUGGCAGGGCCACCCCGGCCGAGCAGCCCCUUUGGAGGGCGUGGACAGAGCCCCCUCGGGCAAGGCCGCAGGGCCCCCAGAGAGCGCGACUGAGGAAAGCGACAUCAACAUCACCAGCGAGGAAGAGGACCCCCAGGAGCAGCCUGCCCAGGGUCCCAGUGGCCCCAGAGAGAAGGACAGCAGUGGCCGCAUCCCUCCGGCUGUCCCAGAGAGCCAGAAGGUGCCACCAGAGGGUCCCUGCUGCUACAUCUGCGGGUCGGCGCUGUCCCCGGCCUCCCAGCACGAGGUCUACGUGCAGAAGCAGGAGCAGCUGCCCCAGGCGCCCUUCUUCCCCUUCCUGUGGUUGCACAGCCCGCCGCCCGGCGCCUGGCCCAUCAGCGAGGCGGGCAGCACGCUUGUGUGUCCCUGCUGCUUCGAGUCCCUCCGGCAGCAGUGGCAGAGCUUCGAGUUGGCCGGGGUGCCGGUCCUGCAGCGCCUCUACGUGGUGCCCCUGAACAGCCGCGCCCCCGGCAUGGCCUCCAAAGGCAGGCUGCUCCCAAGGGGCAGGGACGAAGGCCCGCCCCGGGCAGCCCUGCCUGAGGCCUGCUACCUGUGCGGCGAGGACUGCACCCCUGACGCCCGGGCCGUGCCCUCCCGCAUCCUCAACGGCAGCGCGCGUGGCACCAUGCACUUCCCCUUCCUCAGCCUCCUGCCCUGCCCGCCCAACGCCCAGGCCCCCAACAAGCGCUCUGAGGUCCGCAGCUGCCCCAAGUGCUUCAGCGUCCUGGAGGACGUGUGGGCCCUGUACCGGACUUGCCAGAACCAGGAGCUCAUCACCUCCGUGCAGGGCUUCCUGGGUCGCUACCACCAGGCCUUCUCCGCCUCUGACCCCGCCGUCUGCGACCCGCCCGCCUCGGCGCCUGGUGCCCCAGCUUCCGUGUGCUACAUCUGCGGUGUGGAGCUGGGCCCGGGCAAGGAGUUCCAGCUCAACGUGAACCCUGCCAGCCGCCUGGGCGAGAAAGAGCCCUUCUUCCCCUUCCUGACGGUGUACCCGCCUGCCCCGCGCGCCAGGCCUGCCGACGCCACCGGCCUGGUGGCCACCUGUGUGCUCUGCUACCACGACCUGCUGAGCCAGUGGCUGCAGCACGAGGCCCAGGGGUCGCACCAUGCGGUCAGUGCCUGGUCCCGGCAGUACCAGGUGGACACCUUCGUGUGCUUCUUCUGCCAGCAGGAGAAGCGGCGCUGCCUGGGGCUGACCACGGUGCGGGUGGCCCGCCUGCCCCUCUUCCUGUACACCCUUCGAGCCAGCCACAGCCUGCUUGUGGACGAUGGGCGGCAGCUGAUCAUUGGUGCCUGCCUGGAGUGUGGGACCCUGGUGUGUGCGGGCCAAGGGCUCACUCGCCCGGGGCCCAUGGGGUGGAGCUCCCCGGUGGCCACAGCAAGAAAGGUCACCUCCGUCUCUCUGGAGUUAUCGGCUGCCAUCCCCCCUCCCGCCCAGGAGCCCGAGCCGUGGCCGGGGCCCGCUGCCACUGCCACCGACAGCCUGCCCAGGGGCUCCAGGCUCGCACCAGAGCCGCAGCCAGUGCAGAGCCAGCCGGGCCACGAUGGGGCCGGACCAGACCACCCAGGCACAGGCAUGAGCCAUGAGCCCAAGUCCCCUUCGCUAGGGAUGCUUUCCACCGCGACCAGGACCACCGCCACCGUCAACCCCCUCACCCCCUCGCCACUCAAUGGCGCCCUGGUGCCCAGUGGCAGCCCGGCCACCAGCAGCACGCUGUCGGCCCAGGCCGCGCCAUCCUCCAGCUUUGCCGCCGCGCUGCGCAAGCUCGCCAAACAGGCGGAGGAGCCCAGAGGGUCCUCGCUGAGCAGUGAGUCGUCUCCCGUGUCCUCCCCGGCCACCAACCACAGCUCCCCCGCCAGCACGCCCAAGCGCGUGCCCAUGGGCCCCAUCAUCGUCCCCCCCGGGGGCCACAGCGUCCCCAGCACACCCCCCGUGGUGACCAUCGCCCCCACCAAAACCGUCAAUGGCGUCUGGAGGAGUGAGAGCCGCCAGCAGGACGCUGGCUCUCGGGGAGGCAGUGGCAGCGGUCGGGAGCGCCUCAUCGUGGAGCCACCACUCGCCCAGGAGAAGGCGGGUGGCCCAGCUGUCCCCUCCCAUCUGCUCAGCACCCCGUACCCCUUCGGCCUGUCCCCCGGCUCCGUCAUGCAGGAUUCCCGCUUUCCACCCCUCAACCUCCAGCGGCCUGUGCACCACGUGCUGCCCCCCAGCACGGUGACUGAGGACUACUUGAGAAGCUUCCGGCCCUACCACACCGCCGAGGACCUGCGCAUGUCCUCCCUGCCCCCGCUUGGCCUGGACCCGGCCACUGCCGCUGCCUACUACCACCCCAGCUACUUGGCCCCGCACCCCUUCCCACACCCGGCCUUCAGGAUGGAUGACUCCUACUGUCUGUCCGCCCUGAGGUCUCCGUUCUACCCCAUCCCCACCCCGGGCUCCCUGCCUCCGCUGCACCCCUCGGCUAUGCACCUCCACCUCUCCGGCGUCCGCUACCCGCCGGAGCUCUCGCACUCGUCACUGGCCGCCCUGCACUCGGAACGCCUAUCAGGGCUCAGCGCGGAGAGGCUGCAGAUGGACGAGGAGCUGCGGCGGGAGCGCGAGCGGGAGCGGGAGCGCGAGGCCGACCGGGAGCGGGAGAAGGAGAAGGAGCGAGAGCGGGAGCGGGAACGGGAACGGGAGCGGGAGCUGGAGCGGGAGAAGGAGCGGGAGCUGGAGCGCCAGCGGGAGCAGCGGGCCGCCAAGGUGCUAGAGCCGGCCUUCCUGCCAGUGGUGGAGAUGCACGGGCUGCGUGGCCACACUGCCGAGGAGCGGGAGCGGGAGCGGGUCAAGCCCUCAGAGCAGCUGACCCCAACUCGAGCAGAGAAGCUGAAGGACGUGGGCCUGCAGGCGCCCAAACCCGUGCAGCACCCCCUGCAUCCAGUGCCCACGUCACAGCACACCAUACCCAGCCUCAUCUCCAACCACGGCGUCUUCUCCCUGCCGGCCGGCAGUGCCGCUGCCAGCCUGCUGCUGCAGCGCACCAACGAGGAGGAGAAGUGGCUGGCGCGGCAGCGGCGGCUGCGGCAGGAGAAGGAGGACCGGCAGUCCCAGGUGUCAGAGUUCCGGCAGCAGGUGCUGGAGCAGCACCUGGACAUCAGCCGGCCCCUGGUGCCCACGGAGGCGGAGCACAGGCCGGAGAGCAGCAGGGCAGGACCAACCCGGCUGGAGCAGGGCAGCCGUGAGGCCCCACCACACUUUGGCGGGCCGCCACCUCUCAUCUCUCCCAAGCCGCAGCACCACACGGUGCCUACAGCGCUCUGGAACCCAGUGUCUCUGAUGGAUAACACCCUGGAGACGAGGAGGGCUGAGAGCCACACUCUGCACAGCCACCCGGUGGCAUUUGAGCCCAGCCGCCAGGCCGCCGUCCCACUGGUGAAGGUGGAGCGCGUCUACUGCCCAGAAAAGACAGAGGAGCCCCGGAAUCGCGAGGCCAACCCCCUGGACAAGUAUCAGCCACCGCCACGGGAGGCAGGAAGCCUGGAGCCCCAGGCCUUUCCCCACGGGCCGGGGCCCUUCCUGGCCGAACUUGAGAAGUCUGCGCAGACCCUCCUGGGCCAGCAGCGGGUCUCCCUCCCCCCGGCAGCCUCCUUUGGGGAGCUCAGUGGGCCCCUGAAACCUGGCUCACCUUACCGGCACCCGGCACCCCGGGGCCCUGACCCUGCCUACAUCUAUGAUGAGGUCCUGCAGCAGCGCCGAAGGCUAGUUAGCAAGCUGGACCUGGAAGAGCGACGGCGGCGGGAGGCCCAGGAAAAAGGAUACUACUAUGACCUCGAUGACUCUUACGAUGAGAGCGAUGAGGAGGAGGUCAGGGCCCAUCUGCGCUGCGUGGCUGAGCAGCCACCCCUCAAACUGGACACGUCCUCUGAGAAGCUAGAAUUUUUGCAACUUUUUGGCUUGACCACCCAACAGCAGAAGGAGGAGCUGGUGGCCCAGAAGCGGAGGAAGCGUCGGCGGAUGCUGAAGGAGAGAAGCCCGUCCCCACCAGCAGUUCAGAGUAAGAGGCAGAUGCCUUCACCAAGACUGGCACUGUCCACGCGCUACAGCCCCGACGAGAUGAACAACAGCCCCAACUUCGAGGAGAAGAGGAAGUUCCUGACCAUCUUCAACCUGACCCACAUCACUGCGGAGAAGAGGAAAGACAACGAGAGACUUGUUGAAAUGCUCCGUGUCGCAAAGCAGAGGACACUGUCCGCAGUGGUGGCAGAUUCAUUGACAAACUCUCCGAGGGACAGUCCUGCCAUCUCCCUGAGCGAACCAGCUACACAGCCUGCUUCUGUGGAGACAGACAAGCCUGUUGGUAUUGCUGCCUCCUUGUCCGAUGUCCCAAAAGCUGUGGAGACUGGAAGACUGGAACCACUCAGGCCCCAGGAACUAUCGAGAGCCCAGGAGCCAGCUCCUACCAGCGGUGAGAAGGCCAGGCUGAGCGAGGCCCCUGGGGGCAAGAAGAGCCUGAGCAUGCUUCAUUACAUCCGGGGCUCUGCGCCCAAGGACAUUCCUGUGCCAUUGUCCCACAGCGUCAACGGGAAGAGCAAAUCGUGGGAGCCCUUCAUGGCAGAAGAGUUUGCACAUCAGUUCCACGAGUCAGUGCUGCAGUCCACCCAGAAGGCCCUGCAGAAGCAUAAAGGGAGUGUAGCUGUGCUGUCUGCAGAGCAGAACCACAAGGUUGACACAUCUGUCCACUACAACAUUCCUGAGCUGCAGUCAUCCAGCCGGGUCCCCCUGCCUCAGCAUAAUGGGCAGCAGGAGCCCCUAGCCAGGAGGAAGGGUCUACACACACAGGAGAUGGACCAGGACUCAGAAGACGACAACGAGGAGGACGACAGUGAAGAGGAAGAUGAAGAAGCCCCCAGGCGCAAGUGGCAAGGGAUUGAGGCAAUUUUUGAAGCUUACCAGGAACACAUAGAAGAGCAAAACCUGGAGCGGCAGGUGUUACAGACACAGUGCCGGCGGCUGGAGGCCCAGCACUACAGCCUCAGUCUGACCGCGGAGCAGCUCUCCCACAGCAUGGCGGAGUUGAGGAGUCAAAAGCAGAAGAUUGUCUCUGAACGGGAGCGACUCCAGGCAGAACUGGACCACUUACGGAAGUGCCUUGCCUUGCCUGCAAUGCAUUGGCCUAGGGGUUACUUUAAGGGAUAUCCGAGGUGACGGUUUCCCUUGCACUAGGCCGAACCUAUAGUAUAGAAAUAUUAUCUAUUUUAUUACCUUGAAUAUUUAAUAUUUUUCACUGGGAGGUUUGAAGCUUAAAAAAAUGAGAAUGUGCCAUGCAUGAAGCAAAGGAAUUCAGGCUCCAGACAAAAGCAAAUGAAUGAACUCACCUUGACUUCAAUGCAGUCGAAUCACCUUUGUCAUUCAGCGAGCAGCCAGUGUAGGACGCCCAUAGUUUUCCUAAAGGUGGUUAAUUAUUCCCUUUCCCCCACAUCAUUCUUUUAAUCUGAAAGCAAAGGCUCCAUUGCCAACACUAAAACAGUAUCACCUAUCGCCCUGGUGUGUGGGCUUGGAUCUGACUGGCUGGUCCUGUUUGUCGUGUUGCCGUGCUACUGUGCCCAAGAACUGGGUUUGUUCCUGCUGCAGCUCGGGGUUGGCCUCAUUCCUGCCCAGGAGCGAGACUGACUCCAGCUGAAAAGAAGGCUGGGUGCAUUGUAAGUAAAGGGCUUAUUUUUUUUUUUUCAGUUACUUUUCCACAAAAUUGUCUUUAAAACAACCAGUCCUAGGAGCACACAGAGCAAUCCAAGGCUUUUUCCUGGAAAAGCUCUUAAAGAUAAAAUGAAUCCCCAAACUGAAGGUACCUUUUUACUACUCUGUGGGGAGAAUGUACAGAGCUCUAUGUAUAUGUACUCACACCCACCUAGUUGUUACUGCAGUGGGGAGUGUUUUCAUACAAACGUAAAUUUUGAGAGAAAAGUCAAAGGUGCUUCAGCCUUGUACUGUGUAUAUAUUAAAAACAAAGUUUUGUAUGUUUUUAUUACUUUUAAUUGUUAUAAAAAGCCUGCCAUUUUUAAUAUGUGGUUUGGGGGAUUUUUGUUUGUUUUUCCUGUUUGGGGGUUUUGUUUGUUUGUUUUUUCUGGGAAAAGAAAAAAACCCUUGCUUUUAGGUGUUUGUACUGCUGCUGGUCAGGACAUUAAAAUAUUGAAGUUUUUAAAAAUUAAAGAAGAAGAAAAAGUAAAAGAGCUUACCACUGGCGCCUAUGCGAUCACUUCAUUUUUAAUUUGAAUUGCACCAGAACCGACGUAGAAAGCCAUGCGUUACUUCUUACCUCCUCCCUUACCCCUGGCCCCACAUUUGGACAAAAGUAAUGGCAAGCAGAACCCGCUGCUGUGGAGUGAGGGGACAGUUUGUGGCGGG